AUGCUGCUUGUUGUGCAAUUCAUUCUUUCCCUUUGCCUGGCAACACUUCAGGUCCAGGCUCGGGCUGUCUUCGCCCACUUCAUGGUAUCUAAUACUCUGAAAUAUACCGUGGACAACUGGGAAGAUGAGAUGACGCUGGCCAACGAGGCCAAUCUCGACGCCUUCGCUCUGAACACUGCUGUCGGAGAUGCCACCAACACUGGUUCGGUUGCCAACGCCUUCUUGGCGGCCGGAAAUGUGGGCUUCAGUCUGUUCUUCAGCUUUGGCUAUGCCGGAAAUGGGGCCUGGGCCGAGUCCGACGUGGUCAGCAUGAUUUCUACCUACGCGCUGACCGGGGCGUAUUUCCAGCAUGCCGGCAAGCCCCUCAUCAGCACCUUUGAGGGCCCGGACAAUGCGGCUGACUGGGUCUCCAUCAAGGAGCAGACGGGGUGUUUCUUUAUCCCGGACUGGUCCUCAGUCGGGGCAGAGGCAGCAGCAGGGCUUGCGGACGGUGUUGCAGAUGAACUGUUCAGCUGGGCGGCGUGGCCGUACGGACCCAGCGACAUGAACACGUAUACUGAUGCCUCGUAUAUCGAUUUUUUAGACGGUAAGCCAUACAUGAUGCCGGUCUCUCCGUGGUUCUUCACCAAUAUGCCUGGAUAUGACAAGAACUGGCUUUGGCGGGGCGACGACCUUUGGUAUGAUCGCUUGGAACAAGCUAUAUACCUGGCGCCCGAAUUCAUUGAGAUCAUAUCGUGGAACGACUUUGGUGAGUCCCACUAUAUUGGGCCUAUCCAAGCUUCUGGGUCAGAUCUUGCCAACUCGACAUACACAGCAUUCGACACCGGCGAGGCCCCUUACAACUACGUGCUGGAUAUGCCGCACGACGGCUGGCGCGUAUUCCUCCCCUGGUUGGUUGACAUGUAUAAGCAAAACAUCUCGAUCAUCACCCAGGAGGGAGUUCAGGCAUGGUAUAGGCGCAAUGUUGGGGGAGAGUGCGUGUCGGACGGCGGCACCACGGGUAAUACUGCCAGCCAGCUUCAGCUGAAGUAUUGGCCCUAUGAGAUUGGACAGAACAAGGUCUUCUUCUCUGCGUUGCUCGAGUCGGCGGCAGAUAUUACAGUAACCAUCGGUGGUGAGAACAUGAGUAUAUACUACGGAUUUGUGAGCUUUUCUGUGCAGGAUGGCCUAGUUGAGGUUACAAUCUCGCGCGACGGAGCUGCUAUUGCUAGUUUUACAGGCGCGGACAUCGUGAUCGGGUGCUCGAGUAGCAUAAAUAUCGAAAAUCGGAAUGCCUGGGUGGGAAGCGCGAUAGCCUCGGCCACGAUUGACGCGACGUCUACAGACUCUCUCCUAGACGCCGUGUGUAUCGAGGGGUGGGGUGCGGGGAAUUUCGAUGGACUCUGUGCGUUUACCUGUAGUCUCGGGUAUUGCCCGGUGGGUGCGUGUCUGUGCAAGAAGAUGGGCCCGCAGCCAGAGCUGCCCAAGAGUCUGGGAGUAGUGAGAUAUCCCAUUACCGGGGAGACAGCAGAUUAUAGUGGACUUUGUGUCUUUGCCUGCAAUUAUGGCUAUUGCCCGCCUACGGCUUGCGGGACCACCGAAGAAGCCCUAACUGUUACUACUGCUUUGCCUUUUAUUCCGGCCACCUGUAUUUCCGGCCAAGGGGAGGGUGAUCUCGUUGGGCUCUGUAGUUAUGCCUGCAACUAUGGAUUCUGUCUUAUUUACAAUUGCACAUGCACCUCCGCAGGGCCCUUGAAUCUGCCCCCUGUCGCGAACACCAGCAUUUACGGAUUCUACAGCGGUAGCGGCUCUGACAGUGGCUUGUGCGGCUUUGCCUGCGAGAGGGGAUACUGUCCGUCUCCCACAUGUCUGCACGAUACAUCCACCACCAGCACUGACGACGACGACGAUUUGGUUUGUGCAGACGAUGGAACGCACACACGCGCCGUGUGUAACGAAGAAGUUUACACGGGUUGCGACUACAGCAUCUCCUUCGCCAGUUUUACCGACCUUUGCGCCGCGGCCGCGAGCUACAAUGCCAGCUGUGUAAAAUACUAUCUUAUCGGGGCCCUGUCGAGUAUGCUAGACUCCGCCCUGGCGAAUUACACGCAAAUGAACAGCAGCUAUCAUGAUAAGUUUGAAGAAUAUGUCAGCUUCGUCAAGGGGAGGUGCCUGAGCGCCGGCGGCAUCACAAACAUCUCCACCACCAGCUGCCCGUACCAGGUCCCACAGACCACAGACGACGUGAAUGUCAACAGCGUUGUCUACUACGACCUGGUAAAUGCGAUGGGAUGUCGAGUUGGGUGCAGCUGGGCGAGCGCGUCAUUCAGAAUCACUGCUCCUCAACGACCAACACCCUCUGUCGCAGACCCGGCCACCAUCGUCCAGUCGACGUUGCCCAACAUCCAGAACCUGACCAACACACUCACCCUCACGAGGAUCCUGAUCAGCUCCGGCGCGUGGGGCGGGCCCCUGGACGACAUCGUGCUGAGCGUGUCGACGGCUGUGUUCACUCUCGUUCAAGCCGUGCAGAACAUGGCCCAGAUCGAGACGAUCGCGACGCAGUACGAAGAAGCCCAGAAGAAGGAGCUGAUCGAGGAGAUCAUCGGCGCGCUGUUCCUAGCUGUGCCCUUCCUCGGUGAGAUCGACGUCAUCUCCGAGAGCCUGGCGGGGCUGGCCGAUAUUAUCACCAUGAUCGGCGACACGGCCAUGCUGGCCGACAGUAUUUAUGAGGUGGUGUCGGCCAUAAGCGCUAAAGACGCCAUUCUGGGCAUUUUCGGGGUGCUCCUCCUCGGCGGAGUCAGGUCUGUCGAGGAAUUUAGCGAUAUGGCGAAUCUCCGCCCCGGGCUGUCGGCGGAGGACAUUGCGAAGAUCGGUCCGGACUGGGAGGAGGCCGAUACGGAAAUGAACAAGUUGGUAGAUGUUUGUUUCUAG